CUGCAAGCUUAAUUGCCGUCAACUUUAGUGUAAUUGCUUUGCCCCCAUCUCUCUCUCUCUCCGAUUCCCGUCGCUUUGCCGAUCUAUCUCCAUUCCAUUCCAUUGUACCAACUCAUUCUAGAACUGAUCUUCUCUAUCAUCGCUCAUUCGUACCCCGAUCGGACAGGACAGAUCGGAGUUGAUCGGCUAUGAGUUUGGGCAUUGAUUUUAUGCAUAUGUACUGAUUCGUAUCACUUUGCAAGAGACUCAGAGCGGUUCUGAUUACAUAUAACCUCGAGGGUUGUUGCAGUUAUGAAUCCAUUGUGUUGCAUCGCUCCGGUUUCGAUCGAUCGAGAUCGAAACAGUCCUUCCGUGGUGAAGCCGCAAGGUUCGUGUCAGUUAGGGUAUGAUAGCUCUAUGAAAAAUGUGACCUACAGUGCGAAACCCAGUUUCUCUACUCAGGUGUCCUCCUCCGGUACAGAUUUGGAUGGAGUCUGUUUGACUCAGAAUAGUGAGUUUGAAGAUAAUGUAGUUGAACAGAGAGAUACAAAGCUUUUCUCCGGCAAUGGCGGUGUUAAUGGCACUGUGGCUGGGAUUUUGUAUAAAUGGGUUAACUAUGGGAAAGGAUGGAGAUCGAGGUGGUUUGUGCUUGAAGAUGGAGUUCUUGCUUACUACAAGAUUCAUGGACCAGAUAAGAUUGUAAUGAGUCCUUCUAGAGAAAAAGGAAUGAAAGUGAUUGGAGAUGAAUCCUUGAGGUAUAUGAAGAAGACGAAUUGGAACAACAAUCGGUUUAGUGAUUCUUCAAAGCAAUGGAAACCUUUUGGGGAGAUACAUUUGAAGGUGUCUUCAAUUCGUGCUAGCAAGUCAGAUGACAAAAGACUAUAUAUAUUUACGGGAACAAAAACUCUACACUUGCGUUGUUUCUCUAGAGAGGACAGAACAGCUUGGAUUGAAGCUCUGCAUGCUGCUAAAGAUAAGUUUCCUAGAGUUCUGUCAACCAGUGAUUUUGCACCUCCAGAAGAGAUUGUUGUUUUGACGGAUAAGCUACGAUCAAGAUUACUGCAAGAAGGCAUCAAUGAAGUAGUCAUAAAAGAUUGUGAAACAAUUAUGCUAUGUGAAGUAUCUGAGCUACGCAAUCAGUUGAAAACUAUUCAUCUUAAACAUGUUAUGUUGCUGGACACAUUGCGGCAGUUGGAGACAGAGAAAAUUGAGCUGGAAACAACAGUAGUGGAUGAAACAAAAAGACGGGAUUCAUUUUGUGAACAGGGAAAUAGAAGAUUCAGUGAUUUCUAUUCCAUAAUGUCAGAGGGUAGUGGAAGUGACUCUGAUGCAGAUAUUGAAAGUCGAUAUGGAGUAGAUAUAGAAUCAGACGAGGAAGAUGGAACCUAUUUUGAUACAAAUGAUUUCUUAUCUUCAGAGAGUCUAAGAAGUGCCUCAUACAGGAGUAGAGACAGUGCAGGAAACGGUUGCAAUUCCAUGGUAGACCCAUUUUAUUCUGAUGGUUCACAGCUUCUUGGCAAGCAGAUAAAGCCUAUCAAGUAUCCAUAUAUUAAGAGAAGAGGCAAUUUACCAGAACCCAAGGAGAAAGAGAAACCAGUUGGUCUAUGGUCAAUAAUAAAAGAUAAUAUCGGAAAGGACCUAUCUGGUGUUUGCCUCCCAGUUUACUUUAAUGAGCCAUUGUCUUCAUUGCAGAAAUGUUUUGAAGAUUUAGAAUACUCUUAUUUGGUUGAUCUAGCCUCGGAAUGGGGAAAGCAGGGAAAUGACCUGAUGAGAAUAUUAAACAUUGCAGCCUUUGCUGUUUCUGGUUAUGCAUCAACUGAAGGUCGGCAAUGCAAACCAUUCAAUCCACUUCUAGGGGAAACGUAUGAGGCCGACUAUCCUGAUCAAGGUUUACGAUUCUUCUCUGAAAAGGUGAGCCAUCAUCCAAUGAUUGUUGCUUGUCAUUGUGAGGGAAGAGGAUGGAAAUUUUGGGCAGAUUCAAAUCUGAAAGGAAAAUUCUGGGGACGCUCUAUUCAGCUAGAUCCUGUGGGUGUCCUCACCCUCCAAUUCGAAGAUGGGGAAACAUUUCAGUGGAGCAAAGUUACUACAUCUAUUUAUAACAUAAUAUUAGGUAAGAUUUAUUGCGACCAUUAUGGUACAAUGCGCAUCAAAGGCAGUGGCAACUACUCCUGCAAACUCAAGUUCAAGGAGCAAUCAAUUAUAGACCGCAAUCCUCAUCAGGUAAAACAGAAUUACCCUAAACAUAAAAUAAAUUUACAAAAUCUGUCUCUAACUAAAUUUACUUUCCGAUCAUUUCAGGUUCACGGUUUUGUACAGGAUAACAGAACAGGUGAAAAAGUGGCGAUGCUGGUUGGGAAAUGGGACGAGGCAAUGUAUUAUGUUCUAGGAGACCCUACGACAAAACCGAAAGGGUAUGAUCCUAUGACAGAAGCAGUUUUGUUAUGGGAAAAGGGGAAUUCCAUUACCAAGACUCGAUAUAAUUUGACACCUUUCGCAAUCUCGUUAAACGAAUUAACACCUGGCUUAUCGGAGAUUCUCCCGCCGACAGACUCGCGACUUCGGCCUGAUCAAAGACAUUUGGAAAACGGAGAAUAUGAGAUGGCGAAUGCAGAAAAGCUCAGACUUGAACAAUUACAAAGACAGGCAAGGAAGCUGCAGGAAAGAGGGUGGCAGCCGAGAUGGUUUAGGAAAGAUAAAGAAGAUGGGUGCUACCGAUAUGCUGGGGGAUACUGGGAAGCGAGAGAGAAAGGAAAUUGGGACGAAAUUCUAGACAUAUUUGGGCAGCAUUCUGAUUCAACAUCUGUAAUAACAGAAGUAUAUGAUUAAGGUGCAUGCAUUCUCUUCCUUUAUCAUGCUGCAUUAUUUUGUUUUCUUUCGUUCAUUUCCUUGUUAUAAUUAAAGCUAGGGUUGGUCCUCAUUUGUGUCUAAAAGAAAAUGCUUAGGUUAAGUCUAUUGAAUGGAAGGUAAGGGAAAGAGAAAGGAGGAAAGCAUGUUUUUAUCAUAUUGUAUGGUCAAAAAGCAUUCUGGCAGCCAAUUAUAAUACAUGUCUAAUUGAAUUUUUUGUU